UGUUGUCUCGAAGUUUCUUUCUGUAGGUUGUGUUCAUACUUAUUUCCAAACUAUUACAUAUUAGCAUACAUUUGCUAUAAAAGAAAAUUCAAUCAACCUUAAAUUUAUAUUGAUAAACUGGUGUCUGCGAGUAAGAAACAUUUCCAAUACGUUGUUAUUGAAAUAAUACUUCCUACAUAAUGGCAGACUCAGGUGAAAGCAGCAAUCAAGGAGCCAGUGGUUCAGAGGGACGACCAAAUACCAAAGUGGAAAUAAUCCAGUACUUGGAAGGACAGGGGGUUACUGAGAUGUAUGCUGUGAAUCCACUUACAUGGUGUCCUCAUUUAGAGACAGUGGCGCCACUUCCUGCUGGUACAACAGUUCUUGAUACAAAAGCCCCAUGUGAAAAGUGUGGUAACACAUCAGAAAACUGGAUCUGUUUAGUGUGCUACAGGGUAUUCUGUAGCAGAUUCGUGAAUGAACACAUGGUAAUGCAUGGUGUAGAAGAAGGACAUAUGAUGUGUCUGAGUUACUCAGAUCUGUCGGUCUGGUGUUAUGGUUGUGAUAAUUACCUAGAUCACGAGCUUCUCAAGCUAGCGAAAAGUGCUGCACAUCUUCACAAGUUUGGAGAAGGAUUGCAGUGACAACUUUAAACAUGUCAACAAAAGAAACAUGUCAACAAAAGAAACAUGUGGACAAAUUGAUUGUCAUAGUUCUAUUUUUAUUGCACUUGUCCCAUAAAGUGUCAUGUGAGCUGCUACUGUCACUUCGUGAUCAUCUGAAAAAUAUUAUAUUUUCUCGUAUUAUCCGUAAACCACUAUGUCUAUUUAGAAUAAACCUUUGAUGGGAUAGUCCUUGGACAUCCUUUUCAGCAUAAUAUCCCAAGAGUCAACUUGUUGUCACUUAUCUCUGAUGGGCAUAGCUAAAGAAAUUAUAAGCAAAAAUUGAAUUGAAGUAAACUUUGUUUUCUUCAUUGAAGAAAAGUAUCAUGCAGGCCUAUCCAUCUCCCAAGACGACAACAACUGCUGAACUAAUUUUAAUGUUAAGCCAAGGAUUUGUAUAAUUUACUAUACAAAUCCUUGGUUAAACAUAGAGGGGAAAUGUAAAUAGGGAGAUUUUGGAAAUUAUGUUACACAUUCGAUAAAAAUAAGCAAUUUUAGCUACUUGGAUAUUUCAGUUUAUUAUUUACCAAUCUGAUUCAAUUGCAGAUCCCGUGUCCGUGCUUCGCGUACAAGGCUAUCACAAGUUCCUUUCUACUUUCUGUUUUAAAGAUCUUUCGGAAUCCUCUGGUUUUGUCAUAAAAAGACCGAAAUUUCAUUGGCUGGUGUAAUAAUUGACAGAAUAGAAAGUAGAACAGGAAGAUGUCAGAUCUUUGUAAGCAAAGUAUGGACACAGUAUUUGCAUUUUAAUCUGACAGAUUGCUUGUUUGCUGACUGCUAAUGAAUUAGAGCGGCUUACAGUUUUUUAAUUAAUUUGGGGUGGUGGUAGAAUUUUCUGGUAUUUUCUUGACCAAUUUAUAUUUUCAGGAAAUCAGCCAUACCUCUUUAUCAUUUUUAUGUAUACAAUUAAUAUAUGCAAUGUGCGAUGUAUAAUUGUUAUUUCCUUUAAAAAGGUAAUAGUAUGUAAAGUAUGUAAAGCUAUUUUUGUCAAGAUAUAUUGUUGUAUCUAUAAUAACUUAAAUGCCUUUGUUAACCUACGUCUUAUUUCUUACAGAGACAUUGGGUAUACGUGUACGUCAAUGAGACAUCAACCCAGCGACAAAAUAACCAAAAUACAUUUACAUAUUGUACUAUCGUAUUUAAACGUUUUGCUAGAA